AUGUCUGGGCCAAGUGAUUUACCUGUUACCAAGACUAUUUCUCUGGAGGAGCAGAACGCGUCCGAUGGCACAAUGGUAGUGCCGGCUCAACCGGUAACCCCUGCAAACUCCAGCUACCUCCUCACUGAUUCUAAUUUACGAGAGAUUUUACUUUCCGACUCUGGCCCGGAGGCUCUGCUGUCUCGUCUAAAGCAAUCUAUCCACUCCUGUAAAGAGUUUGCAGCAUACAUCAAGAAAGCUGCCACUAUUGAGAACGAUCAUUCACAGCAGCUCAAGAAAGCUGCACGUGGUGCAACAGACACUUUCAAGCGUUCCGAUAAUCGAACUGGUACAUUUCAAACACAGAUUCUCGACAUCAUCAAAAGCACCGACAGGGUAGGUGAUGCUGGUAAUAAUUUCAUUGAUUCAAUGCACCGGAUCCACGAUGAAUUACUGGAAUUGGUGCGUUCAAUCGAUCGCCAGCGCAAAACGGCUAAGGAAGUAGCUCUGCGCAACGAGCGCAAUCUCCAAGAAGCCGAGACCCAAGCUGAGCGAGCUCGGGCCAAGUACGACCAGUCUUGUGAAGAUCUCGAGCGUUCCCGCCAGGGAGAUCCCAGCAAAGGUAAAUUGGGGUUCAAAAACAAGAGCGAAGAUGAGCUUCACAAGAAAAUGACAAUCGCUGAAGUCGACUACCAAAAUAAGGUUGACACUGCGUUACGCAUGCGCAGGGAACUUGUUUCAAAACUACGCGUUGACUCAGUCAAAACACUGCAAAGUCUGAUUCUAGAAUGUGACCAGGCUUUAAACCUCCAGGUGCUCCGCUACGCAAACCUUUUGGAGACGCUUCAACUCAAUCGCGGCUUUGUUAUCGCACCGAUGAAACCAAAAAAUUCCCCCACUGCUAACCUGACGGUCAAAGAGAUGGCGUGCAAAAUGGACUCGGAGCUCGAUUUUUACAACUACGUGUUGGCGUUGCCUAAAACGAAAGCAUCUCUAAAUCGACCUCCAAUCACGAACCGAAAGCAUCCCUCUCUUUCUGGUGGCCGUUAUGGUGGAGGUGGUGGCCCGAUCAGUGCUGGGUCAACUAAUAUCAGUGCACCCUCCGGUUUCACGGUCAAGACGCCCAGUUCCAAUAUCGCUGGUCCUAUCAUUGUUAAUGCAAGUCGCGAACGUAAGACCUCUGUGGCGAGCACUGCCAGUACUAUACCCUCCAAGUCCUCCAUCGUGGGUUCCGGAACUGCUAAAACAGGCCCAAUAUUGGCACCACGUGGUGGACGGCCAUUGGAAACUUCUCCAACUCAACCCAAUGCUAUGGUAUCACCUGCGGCGAAUACGAGCGUGAAUGAUUUGACCAGCUCUUCAAAUGCGGUCCCAGUGCCUCCUCCGGUGGCUACACCUACAAUUGAGGUGACUGACGCUGCUCCCGAACCACCCGCCCAGGAAUCUCCCACCAGAUCGACGCCAGUUUAUGGGACACCCCUUGAAGAUCUGCUGGACCAGGAAGAGGGUACAGUUCCAAGAGUGGUUUAUCAAUGCGUUCAAGCUAUUGACAAUUUUGGUUUGGAAGUGGAGGGUAUUUAUCGAACUAAUGGUAAUUCUGUGCAAGUUCAGGAAAUCAAAAGAGAAUUCGAUGCUGAUUCGGCAGCUGUCGAUCUGCUGCGACCAAAUGCCGUCGUAAAUGAUAUCCACAGCGUAGCAUCUGCUUUGAAGCAGUAUUUCCGUGAACUCCCCGAUCCGCUUCUCACGCGUGAGUUCCACCGCGAGUUUAUCAAUGCUGCAAAUAUCAGUGACGAUAUUCGCCGUCGUGAUUCCAUUCAUGCGAUCAUAAACAAGCUGCCUGAUGCAAACUAUACGACCCUGCGGUACCUCGUGUUCCAUCUUUAUCGUGUUCAGGAGCGGGAGUCUAUUAACCGUAUGAAUAUCACAAAUCUUGGUAUUGUCUGGGGUCCCACUCUUAUGGCAACAGACUAUUCGAACGUGGGUGAAAUGGCUAUUCAGGGUCGUGUUGUGGAGACUGUUCUCGCGAACGCAUAUGCUAUUUUUGAAGCAGAAUAA